AUGGUAGUUGUGCUGCUGACCUUGACCAUCUCACUCUUAGCCUUCUGGAACCCUCCCACCACCGCCCAAGUCACUACUGAAUCGGUGCCGCCCAAUGUUGCCGAAGGGAAGGAUGUUCUUCUGCGUGUCCACAAUCUGCCUGGGAAUCUUCUAGGCUUUGGCUGGUUCAGAGGGGAAACUAUAGACCCCAGUAGAGAAAUUGUAUCAUAUGCAGUAGACCAACAAGCAUUUUCCCCAGGAGCUGCGCACAGCGGCAGAGAGACAUUAUAUCACAAUGGAUCCCUGCUGCUCCAGAACAUCACCCUGGAGGACUCUGGAUACUACACCCUACAGUACAUACACAGAAAUGUCCAAAUUGAAAAAGUAACUGGACAGCUCCGUGUAUUCCCGGAAUUACCCAAACCCAACAUCACAAGCAACAAGUCGGACCCUGUGGAGAAUGUGGAUUCUGUAGUAUUAACGUGUGAACCUAAGGCUGAGAACACAAGCUACUUGUGGUCAGUAAACAGUGAGAGCCUCCCGGACAGCACCAGGCUGGAACUGUCCCUGGACAACAGGACCCUCACUGUACAUGGUGUCACAAGGAAUGACACAGGACCCUAUGUGUGUGAAACUCGGAACCCAGUCAGUGACAAUCGUAGUGACCCGUUCACCCUGAAUGUUCUCUAUGGUCCGGAUGCCCCCACCAUUUCCCCCUCAGACUCCUAUUACCGUCCAGGGGCAAAUCUCAGUCUCACCUGCCACUCAGCCUCUAACCCGCCUGCACAGUAUUCUUGGCUUAUCAAUGGGAAGCCCCAGCCAUCCACACAGGAGCUCUUUAUCCCCAACAUCACUGUGAAUCAUAGUGGAUCCUAUACCUGCCUCGUCUAUAACCCUGGCACUCACCUCAAUAGGACCACAGUCAAGACUAUCACAGUGUCUGAGUCAGUGACCCAGCCCUCUCUCAACAUCAGCAACACCACAGUCACAGAACAUAAGGAUUCUGUGGUCCUGACCUGUUCCACAAAUGACAAGGGGGUCUCCAUCCAGUGGUUCUUCAAUGGCCAGAGUCUCAAUCUCAUGGAGAGGAUGAAGCUGUCUCAGGACAACAGCACCCUCACUAUAGACCCUGUCAGGAGGGAAGAUGCCGGUACUUAUGAGUGUGAGGUCUCCAACCCAGUCAGUUCCAACAAAAGUGACUCCGUCAGGCUGUAUGUGGAAUAUGAUUCCACACAACAAAGCUCUGGCCUCUCCGCUGGGGCUAUUGCCGGCAUCGUGAUCGGAGUUGUGGCCGGGGUUGCUCUGAUAGCAGCCCUGCUGUACUUUCUGUUUUUCAGAAAGUCUGGCGGGACAAGUGACCUGCGUGAUCUCACAGAGCACAAACCCUCAGCCUCCAACCACAGUCAGGACCACUCUGACAAUGUGCAUAACAAGGCCACAGUCAUUCCUUCCCACCCCAACCUGUCCUAUUGGAGUCUAACUUGAAUUUGCCAUAAACUUGUGAAUUAUGUCCUGAUCCACUGAAAUUGCAUGUGCCAGAAAAGAAGAGAGAGAAGAAGUAAAAGCUUCUAUCUCCCCAAAGCCCGGUGUGAACCCACUAUAUACAGGAAACAAAUAUAUAGCCAAUGUUGAACUGGGAAAUUCUCCACCUUUGUCUACUGUCAGAGUUGUCUACCAGGGCCUAAACACUGUGUUGCUUAACUAGAAUGCUACAUAAGCCAUUUGGCAAGCCUGUUUUUAGAGAACCCACUGGAAGCAAUUAGGAAAAUUAUUCGCCAAGGUCCACAGGCGAUUCCUAAUGAAAAUGCCCCCAAAAUGGACAUAUGUUUCAUAACUUAAUGGGCUUUAUUCAAGGAAAUAUUCACAGAAGGAGGGCUUACAGCUCAAGGAAUAUUCCGCUCUUAACAGAGACAAUCAGCUGGGAAUUUGGGAAAAGAGUCAGAGGAGCUACCCUUCAGAGAUUAUUUAAAUAAUUGUUAAAGAAUGCACAAUGUGGCAUAUUGGGUUUUUCCCCUUUUCUCUGAGACAUUCUGCCAUUUGAGUGAGUUUUUGCAUCUGCUUUGCAUCUGGGAAAGCGGCUAUUUUUACUUACCUUAUCUAAGCCAAUCUGACCGUCUUAGGGGAAAGAAGCCGCCAAAACACCAGCAAGUCCCCUUGGUCAGGAGUUCCUCAAGGCAUUUAUGUCUGGGGCUCCAAAUGGAAAAGCAGCAGCAGCAGUUUGCCUCUUUUGUGGCUAGAAAUGAGUCUAAUUCAGUUUCCCAGCAUCUCAGGCCAGACUUCAACCACCAUUCUAUUCCACGGGGGUCUCUGCUGUGUGUGGUGUCUGCCCUACUCACUUCCUCAAGAGACCCGGCCUCUGCUAAGGUGCGUUUGGCCCUUGACGAGUGGGGAUGCCCUGAAAGGAACACACUCAAGCCCCUGUUGGCAUUGUUUACACCCUGGAAAGCUGCACUUGUGCUGAUGCUCAGACCGGGGCUGUGAGAGGUUAGGACAGGGGAGGGUGAUAUCUGAGCCCGAGGCUUCUUGAAAAGCCUCUGAAAUGUUUUCUCCUAUGGGUCCUGCGAGUCUGAGUCCCAGCGUGCAGAACAGAAAAGAAGAGCAGGAGAAGCAAUGCACUUCCCACCCAGCCUCCCUCUAAGCAGAUGGGAGUCUCUUUGGGGCUGUUGGGAAAAGGCUUUUAUUUUGUAUUGAUUACUUGAUGUCAUGCUGUGUCUAAGAAGCCCCUCAAAGAGGGCUAGUUGGGAAUUCUCUGUACUCAGGUACCUCUUUCAAGGGUUUUCUAACCCUCACGUAGUCUGUAUAUACUUCCCCUCAUCUAUGCUACUCUGUUAUUUAAUUUUGCCUGGCUAGGGCCACUUCUGAAUUAUUUGUAAAAUUUGCUCUAUAUUUAUAAUAAAAUCAUAAAUUAGACACAAACA